AACCGCUGAGCGUUUGCCGCCGGAUCGUCUACUACUACAUCUCCUCGUCAUGAUGGGAACAUCUCCAUUUGCCUUCCCAAUGUUGCACUCGACUCUCCAGACCUUGUUUGAUCUGUACGCUUUGGAAUGUGAAAAGGGUUGAUCGGGUCAAAGUCCCCUUUCCCCUACCCCCAGUGCCCACCCUUGCCUGCGCCUCUCACACCCGACGUCGCAUCCUGAUACCGCUGAGACGGUACCAACCGGACGAACGACGACACGGUUUCAGCAGCGUCGCGCCGCGACCGUCGACGCUCUGCGCUUUUACUUUAUCAGUCUCGCUGCGCCUCUUCGAGAGCGAUAGUUUUUCUUGUCCCUCGUCAGUCGCUGGUCUCGACUGUCGUUCGCUCUACUGUCUGCUGGUCGGGAUAUCUCUUCACUCCUUUUCUCAUAUUCUUGGCGAUUAUACACAUCCUAUCUUUAAUACUACACAGCCUCCACAGCACAGCCAGCAACAUGGGCGGCCAAACUACAUACGGCGAGCUCUUUCGCAAGCAGCUCAAAGCACCAAAGCUCCUCUUUCACUUCUGCUUCUGGGCUUUCCACUGGGGCAUCUUCGCCUAUGGCUGGUACAAGCAGGCUUCGGAUAUCCGUCUCGCCGGUCUCAACACGCUCACCUUCUCGGUAUGGAUCUCUCGUGGCGCGGGACUGGUGCUCAGCGUCGACUGCAUGUUGAUUCUGCUGCCCGUCUGCCGCACGAUUAUGAAAUUCAUCCGCCCCAAGAUACGCUUUCUGCCCCUCGAUGAGAACCUCUGGAUGCACCGGCAGCUCGCCUACUCCAUCCUCUUCUUCACCUGUCUGCACGUCGCCGCGCACUAUGUCAACUUCUACAACGUCGAGAUUGGGCAGAUCCGACCCGUUUCCGCGCUCCAGAUUCACUACGCGCAGGCAGGAGGCAUCACCGGGCACGUCAUGCUCCUGUGCAUGUUCUUCAUGUACACCACGGCACACGCACGCAUCCGCCAACAGUCCUUUGAGACCUUCUGGUAUACGCACCACCUCUUCAUCCCUUUCUUCCUGGCACUCUACACCCACACUGUCGGGUGCUUUGUCAGAGACUCGGUGGAAGGAUUCUCCCCCUUUGCGGGCAAGGACUACUGGGACCACUGCAUCGGUUACCUUGGCUGGCGGUGGGAGCUUUGGACCGGCGGCUUCUACCUCAUGGAGCGCCUGUGGCGCGAGGUCCGAGCAAGGCGAUCGACCGAGAUCACCCGCGUCGUCCGUCACCCAUACGACGUUGUCGAGAUCCAAUUCGACAAGCCGAGCUUCAAGUACAAGGCCGGCCAGUGGCUGUUCCUCCAGGUGCCCAGCAUCAGCAAGUACCAGUGGCACCCGUUUACCAUCACUUCGUGUCCUUUUGAUCCCUACGUGUCAGUGCACGUGCGACAAGUCGGCGACUUUACACGCGAGCUGGGCGACGCCUUGGGUGCCGGCGCGGCUCAGGCCAAGUUGUACGAUGGCGUGGACCCCAUGGGUAUGUACGAGGUCGCCCUGCAGAACGGACAAGAAAUGCCUGGGUUGAGGAUCGAUGGUCCCUACGGAGCCCCGGCCGAGGAUGUCUUUGAGAACGAGAUUGCCGUGCUGAUCGGCACGGGUAUUGGCGUGACGCCCUGGGCGAGUAUCCUCAAGAACAUCUGGCAUCUGCGCAACUCCCCCAACCCUCCUAGGCGCCUGCGCCGCGUGGAGUUCAUCUGGGUGUGCAGGGACACGGGCUCUUUCGAAUGGUUCCAGACCCUCCUGUCCUCUCUCGAGGGACAGUCCAACGAGGCCGCGCGCAUCCCUGGAUCGUCGGGCGAGGAGUUCCUCAAGAUCCACACCUAUCUCACGCAGAAGCUCGACAUGGACACGACCCAGAACAUUGUCCUAAACUCGGUGGGCAGCGAGAUGGAUCCCCUGACCGAGCUCAAGAGCCGCACCAACUUUGGACGACCCAACUUCAACAACAUGUUCACCGCCAUGCGCGAAGGUAUCCGGGACAGGAGCUACAUGGGCGGACUGGAGGGGAGCAUGAAGACGACGGUGGGUGUGUACUUUUGCGGGCCGUCUGCAGCUGCCCGAGAUAUCAAAACAGCAUGUAAGGAUGCUACAGCGAGGGACGUCCAUUUCCGAUUCUGGAAGGAGCAUUUCUAAACGAUAUUAUUUGUCACGACUACGUAGAAAGCGUCGAAUUGAAAUUUCUGAACCACCCAGUUAUUAUUAUGCCACCUGACACAAUACGGAGUAAUAUGUACACAUCGGAUUCCUCAAGUGCCGGAUACCCCUGAAGGGCUGCG